AUGUCCAUUCCCUUGACUAGAUUAGGCGGGAACGCCUUCAACCACCGUACCAGCGUAGAUAUCGAGGCUGAGUAUGACCGUCUACGGACCUCGCCCGCGACGAGGCCAAGAAGCGGAAUGAUUGCUUCUCGCGUGACCCCCGGAGCAAUAGUCCGAAAGCGGCGCUUGCCGUCGGUCAACCAAGUCCUGCAAGCUAACGCCCGCAACCGACCGGUCCCGGUCUUGCCCUCCACGUCACAGUCCCGCCAGGCAUAUGAGAACGGCGACGGCGCAAGGGCCAAGGAGCUCUCCAACGAGGGCAAGCGCCACGCGGCCAAGAUGGACGACUACAACCGCCAGGCGUCCGAAUUCAUCUUUCGCGAAAACAACGCCGCGGGCCGCGUAGAGGAAGACUGCAUCGACCUCCACGGCCAGUUUGUCGAGGAGGCCGAGAACAUCCUAGAGGAGCGCAUUCGCGCCGAGCGGUCCCGCGGCGCAAGCCACUUGCACGUCAUCGUCGGUAGGGAAACCACUCGGCCGACCACGUCCAGAAGAUCAAGCCCAGGGUUGAGCAGGUCUGCAGGGAGAUGGGUCUGA